AUGGACCUGGCCCAGAUAUUCGAAACCAGUCCCUCGGGCGAGGUGAUCAAGUGCAUCGACACACACACCACCGGUGAACCAACCCGAAUCAUCUACUCGGGCUUCCCCCGCCUUCAAGGAACACUCUUAGAACAGCGCGACCAAGCCAAAGCACAUCAUGACAACAUUCGCAAACGCAUCAUGCUCGAGCCCCGUGGCCACUACGAUAUGUACGGCGCGAUCAUCAUCCCAGAUACAGAGCUCGUCCAAAGCGGGGAGGCACACAUUGGCACACUAUUCACGCACAAUGGUGGAUUCUCCACCAUGUGCGGACAUGCCACCAUCGCAUUGGGUCGUUUCUUAGUCGAUACCCAUGACCUGGCGGUAUUUCCAAAGCGGAAUACAUUGAAGGUCAACACUGAGACUAACGAGGUUGCGGUUAACAUCCAUGCGCCUUGUGGCUUAGUUCGUGUUACCGUACCCACUACACCCGACGGGCAGAAAUCGGAUCCGUCGCGCCCGGUUGCUUUUCUUUCUACGCCGGCUUAUGCUGCUGCGAUCGACCUGACGAUUCCUAUCUCUCGGGAUGUUGCAUGGCCAGAGCUGGGCGACCGGGAAUCCAUCAAGCUUGAUAUUUCCUACGGCGGGGCAUUCUAUGCGCUGGUUGAUGCCCGCGAACUGGGUUUCACAGAGGGAUUGAGUAAGAUUGAUCUUGCGUCUGUUGCGAGUGCUGUGAAGAAGCUCAAGGCCCAUCUCGUGACCAAUCCCGAUGUUGUCACUGCGCUGCAACAUCCGGAAGACGAGAGAUUGUCUUUCCUUUACUCGAUCAUGCUUGUGGAUCGUGACAUCGGUUCUAGACCGGAUGGUGUCGAUGGAGCAGAGACGGGACUUUGUUUUUUUGCCGAGAACCAGAUUGAUCGAUCGCCGACGGGUUCUUGUGUGACUGCUCGCAUGGCGCUGGCAAAUGCCAAGAAGGUGAGACCACGUGGGCAGAAGUGGGCCUACAACUCUCUUGUGUCGAAUCGUUUCGAUACAGGUGCUUUCAUUGCUUCGAUUGUGGAGGACAACAUCUUGCUGGAGGGUGACCAUGGAGUCUCCAGACAGUGUGUUGUGGUUCAGGUCGAAGGCAAGGCCUAUUAUACCGGAGCUAUGACAUUCAUCAUUGAAGAAGGCGACGUGACUACUGAGAGCGGAUUCACGAUGGAUGAUUGCGCCCAGAAAGGUCCAUCAACGAAAUAA